CCCUCGUCUAGGGUUUCGCUGGACCUCCUGUUCGGCGUCCUCACUGGUCCGCUGCGCUUCCAUUUCCCCAUUUACUCCGCUAUAAAGCGAUCCCCAUUUCGACGAUAUCUUCUCUCUUCAAUUUUCCGGAGCGCCUCCGGUUUGUCGUCCUUGCCCGAUCUCUUACUUUCUGUUGACAAAGGGACAAGCAGCAGAGCAAGAUGUCGCUGAGGCCGAGCGAGCGGGCGGAGGUCCGCCGGAACAAGUACAAGGUCGCCGUUGACGCCGAGGAGGGGCGGCGCCGGAGGGAGGACAACAUGGUGGAGAUCAGAAAGAAUCGUCGAGAGGAGAACCUACUGAAGAAGCGUCGGGAGGGGAUGCUGGCCCAGCCCCUUCCUCAGGCGGUCCACACCUCUGCGGUGGAAAAGAGGCUAGAAAGUCUUCCGGCGAUGGUGGCGAAUGUUUAUUCAGAUGACAGUUCUAUGCAAUUGGAAGCAGUUACGAACUUUCGUAAAUUACUAUCAAUAGAAAGAAGUCCUCCAAUCGAAGAGGUGGUACAAUCUGGGGUAGUUCCUCGAUUUGUUGAGUUCCUUAUGAGGGAAGACUAUCCUCAACUUCAGUUUGAAGCUGCUUGGGCUCUGACCAAUAUUGCCUCUGGAACUUCCGACAACACAAAGGUUGUGAUCGAUCAUGGGGCAGUUCCGAUAUUCGUUAAACUUCUCAGUUCCCCAAGUGAUGAUGUUCGUGAGCAAGCAGUAUGGGCCUUGGGGAAUGUAGCUGGUGAUUCUCCUAGAUGCAGAGAUCUUGUCCUCGCCAAUGGAGCAUUAUUUCCACUGUUGCAACAGCUGAACGAACACGCAAAACUCUCCAUGUUAAGGAAUGCCACAUGGACUCUUUCUAAUUUUUGCAGAGGGAAGCCUCAACCAGAUUUCAGUCAGGUUAAGCCUGCCCUUCCAGCUCUGGAGCGAUUAAUUCAUUCAAACGACGAGGAAGUGCUCACUGAUGCAUGCUGGGCAUUAUCGUACUUGUCUGAUGGUAACAAUGAUAAAAUACAAGUUGUACUUGAGGCUGGUGUCUGUCCUCGUCUCGUAGAACUACUGCUCCAUCCAUCACCUUCCGUGCUUAUUCCAGCCCUUCGCACUGUGGGUAACAUUGUGACAGGAGAUGAUUUGCAGACACAGUUUGUUAUCAAUCAUCAAGCGCUUCCUUGUCUCCUCAACCUCUUGACUCAGAGUCACAAAAAAAGCAUCAAGAAGGAAGCUUGUUGGACCAUAUCAAACAUCACAGCUGGAAACAAGGAACAAAUACAGGCUGUUAUAGCUGCUGGUGUCAUCAGUCCUCUGGUGAAUAUAAUGCAAACUGCAGAGUUUGAUAUCAAGAAAGAGGCAGCAUGGGCCAUCUCUAAUGCUACUUCGGGUGGCACACAUGAGCAAAUAAAGUACUUGGUUAGUCAGGGCUGCAUCAAUCCCUUAUGUGACCUACUUGUGUGCCCUGAUCCAAGAAUUGUCACUGUUUGCCUGGAAGGGCUUGAGAACAUCUUGAAGGUUGGCGAAGCAGAGAAGAACCAGAGUGCUAGUGGUGAUGUCAAUAUAUAUGCUCAGAUGAUUGAUGAUGCGGAGGGCUUGGAGAAGAUCGAGAACCUUCAGAGCCAUGAUAAUACUGAAAUUUAUGAGAAAGCUGUGAAUAUUCUUGAAACGUACUGGUUGGAAGAGGAAGAUGAUGUGAUGCCGGCAGCUGAUGGUGCUCAAGCUGGGUUCCAUUUCGGGAACAAUGAUCAGAACGUAGUUCCUCCUGGAGGAUUCAACUUCAGCUAAACAAUGGUGAAGUUAUAUGGAGGUACAGGGAUCAUGUCUCAGCAACUGGAGAUGGUUCCAGUUCAGCGUCCUCAUCAGGCGAGUCGUGUCAUGGGUCAAGGUCGAGGUUGGGUCAGUUUGAGUCCAGUCAAGUCCGUCAAAGUGGGACUGAUCGAAUAACGGUGUUAUGGAAAGGCGAUGUAUCGGUUAUUACACUUUUGAAUGAUUGCAUAGCUUAAUGCAAUCCAAUGGAAAGGAGAAAUAUACUUGUGAUGAAUUAUCUCAAGACCUGGAUGCCAUGUUUUUGCCUCCGAGUAUGAGCAUUUCCUGGGUGUGAGUUGAUGAAAUUGUCAUUGGUUAGAGUCGGUUUUGCAUCGAUGGCAGGGUCAUGUUUUGUGGCCUUCUCUAGUCAGAGUUAUAGCGUCAAGGAAGAGAAGUCUUAGUUUUACCUUCCCUUCGCUAUUGUCUUGAGUUAUUUUCUUUUGUGCAAUUGUGAGUUUGAAAAUUUAUUGUUUUUACAAGAUCAUUUUCUCCUGGAA